CCCCUCUCCCCGCUCUCGCGCUCCUUCUCCCCCCCGCUCCCCCCACCCGCCUCCCUGUCAGUGUGGUGGCUGCGCUGGGAAACAUGGCGUCGGAGGGGAUGAUUUUAACGAACCACGACCACCAAAUCCGCGUCGGGGUCCUCACAGUGAGUGACAGCUGCUUCAGGAAUCUCGCAGAAGAUCGUAGUGGGAUAAACCUUAAAGACCUCGUCCAAGAUCCUUCUUUAUUGGGUGGGACUAUAUCAGCAUACAAAAUAGUUCCUGAUGAAAUAGAAGAAAUUAAGGAGACACUGAUAGACUGGUGUGAUGAAAAGGAACUUAACUUGAUUUUAACAACUGGAGGAACAGGUUUCGCACCAAGGGAUGUCACACCAGAGAAAUUCCCAACAUUCCCAUUUUGUGGGCUCCAGAGAGGGGCCACUAAAGAAGUAAUAGAACGGGAGGCCCCAGGGAUGGCCUUGGCAAUGCUGAUGGGAUCACUUAAUGUUACACCUCUGGGCAUGCUUUCUAGGCCUGUAUGUGGAAUCAGAGGGAAAACUCUCAUAAUUAACCUUCCAGGUAGCAAGAAAGGGUCACAGGAAUGCUUUCAGUUUAUACUGCCAGCCCUACCUCAUGCCAUUGACCUUUUGCGAGAUGCCAUUGUAAAAGUAAAAGAGGUGCAUGAUGAACUUGAAGAUCUACCUUCACCACCACCACCUCUUUCUCCUCCUCCAACCAUCAGCCCACACAAGCAGACAGAAGACAAAGGUGUACAGUGUGAGGAAGAGGAGGAAGAGAAAAAAGAUAGUGGAGUUGCUUCAACAGAGGAUAGUUCCUCCUCACACAUAACUGCUGCAGCCAUUGCAGCUAAGAAGCAUCCAUCCUACACCAGUUAUGCUGCUAUCAUGGCAAAAGGUGAACAUCCCAUCCCUGGUCUCAUCUGUUAUUCCCAUCACGCAGCAGACAGUGCAGGAGAACCGAUUCCAGAUUCCAUCAUAUCUCGUGGUGUUCAAGUGCUUCCACGAGACACGGCCUCACUCAGCACUACCCCUUCUGAAUCUCCUCGUGCCCAGGCCACCUCUCGCCUCUCCACUGCUUCCUGCCCAACACCAAAACAAAUUAGACGCCCGGAUGAAAGCAAAGGAGUUGCUAGUAGAGUUGGAUCCCUCAAAGCUCGGCUCCCUUCGUGUUCAUCUACCUAUAGUGUUUCUGAGGUCCAAUCCAGGUGCAGCAGUAAGGAGAACAUCCUCAGAGCCAGUCAUAGUGCUGUAGACAUUACAAAAGUGGCAAGAAGACACCGUAUGUCUCCAUUUCCAUUAACAUCUAUGGACAAAGCCUUCAUUACAGUACUGGAAAUGACUCCAGUGCUCGGAACAGAAAUAAUCAAUUAUCGAGAUGGAAUGGGCAGAGUCCUUGCCCAAGAUGUUUAUGCAAAAGACAACCUACCACCCUUUCCAGCUUCAGUAAAAGAUGGUUAUGCCGUCAGAGCUGCUGAUGGACCUGGGGAUCGUUUCAUCAUUGGGGAAUCCCAAGCUGGUGAGCAAUUGAUAUUGUGUGGUAUUUUUCAGCCGACUCAGACUGUGAUGCCUGGUCAGGUAAUGCGAGUUACAACUGGUGCUCCAAUACCCUGUGGUGCUGAUGCUGUGGUGCAAGUGGAAGACACAGAACUCAUCAGGGAAUCAGAUGAUGGCACUGAAGAACUUGAGGUGCGUAUUCUGGUGCAGGCUCGCCCAGGCCAAGAUAUCAGACCUAUAGGACAUGACAUUAAAAGAGGUGAAUGUGUGUUGGCCAAGGGAACACACAUGGGUCCCUCAGAAAUAGGUCUCCUAGCGACUGUUGGGGUAACAGAAGUUGAAGUUAAUAAGUUUCCAGUGGUUGCAGUCAUGUCCACGGGGAAUGAGCUACUGAAUCCCGAGGAUGACUUGUUACCAGGAAAGAUUAGAGACAGUAAUCGUUCAACCCUUCUAGCAACAAUUCAAGAACAUGGAUACCCAACAAUCAACCUGGGAAUUGUGGGAGAUAACCCAGAUGAUUUACUUAAUGCCUUGAAUGAAGGAAUCAGCCGUGCUGAUGUCAUCAUCACAUCAGGGGGGGUGUCCAUGGGGGAAAAGGACUAUCUUAAGCAGGUGCUGGACAUUGAUCUUCAUGCUCAGAUUCACUUUGGCAGGGUUUUCAUGAAACCAGGCUUGCCAACAACUUUUGCAACUAUGGAUACUGAUGGAAUAAGAAAAAUAAUCUUUGCACUCCCAGGGAAUCCUGUGUCAGCUGUUGUUACCUGCAAUCUCUUUGUUGUCCCAGCACUGAGGAAAAUGCAGGGAAUCCUGGACCCUCGGCCCACUAUUAUAAAAGCCAGGUUAUCAUGUGAUGUGAAAUUGGACCCUCGUCCAGAAUACCAUCGGUGCAUACUGACUUGGCAUCACCAAGAACCACUGCCUUGGGCACAAAGUACAGGGAAUCAGAUGAGCAGUCGUCUGAUGAGUAUGCGCAGUGCCAAUGGACUGUUGAUGCUACCUCCAAAGACAGAGCAGUAUGUGGAACUUCAUAAGGGAGAGGUGGUUGACGUCAUGGUCAUUGGAAGGCUAUGAUGUCAUCAGCAAGAGAAGUUUUGAUGCAUGUCCACAUAUCAUUGACUGUAUCCUGUAAUAUGCAACGGCACAGCUAGUUUUUCUGAUUUGGAUAAAAGUUGAUCAGUAUAGUCAACACCUUGAACUAUAUUUCAAAUGGAUUUAAAUAAAUACCUUUUAAAAAAAACUUUAAAAACAAAUCUUAAAGAAAUCUAUUCUGAUUAUAUCAAAGCAACUUUUUCCUUUCUCGCAAUUGCUUUGUGUGUUCAAUGCUAGUUCUGAUAGCGGUAGCUUUUAGUAGACAGCGGUAGGUGCCUGCAGAACUUGUGUUUUUUCUCAUCUUUAAGAUACAACUACUUAUGCUCUUAAAACAAGGCUGUCUGCUUAUUUAUACUAGCGUAGACAACACUUGGAUUUCCCUUAUUAGUAUGCUUCAUAACUGCUUCACAGAGAGCUUCUGCUUGUUCUUUAUCUUGUAUCUCGUGUUGAUGUGCACAGUGCCAAAAGCAGAGUGGCUGCAUUGGGAACCCGAUCAAGCCCCGAGGUUUUCCCCCCUUGCUGCGCGUUCAGGGAUUUCUGUCAUCCCAGCAGCCACCCAGCUCAGUACUCUUGGGCAGUAACUGGAUACCUUUUGUUUAAACAAACAACAAAAAUUGCUUCCUUAAGUGCUGACAGCCUUUUUAACCAAUACAUUUAAAAAUGUACAGAAUUAAAAUCUAAAAAAAAAUCAAAGACUGAUCUUGUACAGAUAUUAGUGUUACCAGCAUUCGUGUGCAAAUUAAAUGAGCAAAGAGAUAAAACUAAUGUUAAACAACUCUGUACCAUAACAUUUUCUGUAAUGAUACUGAAACUUAAAUGAAUAAAAAAAAUCCUUGAUCAUUAUUU